AUCUGUUUCACAGAGAAUUACGAGUCUCGUAUAAUAUCUCUGUCAUAGAUGACUGCCUUAACACGUGCUGUCACAGCACGCGGUGUGAAUCAUUGGCUGAAUGGCGCGUGCAUUGUUUACAUAAGACAUAACUGCUUCGGAGAGAAUGCUGCAUUUUAGUCAUUUUAAUACCCAUUUACACUAAAUCGGAAAUAAUUUUUACGGCUACAAAUACGUCAAAUGCCUUUAUUUAUUUUUCCAAUAUAUACAAAAAAUGUUUUAGAAUUAAAUUUGUCGCAGGAAAAAAGUUAAUAUUUCUAGCUCAUUAAGCCGCAUCAAUGUCAUCCUUAUCAGUGAUUGUCGCGGCCAAGCAAAUAUUCACUGCGGUUCAGUGUGUGUCGGUUAAUGUAACGAAAUUCAGAUGAAUUUAAUCGAUGGAAUUUGAACUUACCAAGGGGAGUUAACCAAUAUGUUUCCGUUUUUAUCUGUCAACAUUUUCAAAUCAGAGUUAAUAUUGUUGCGAAUAACAGCAAAUAAGCACAAUAACUUCUCACUUCACAACUUUUAUAGUUGUAUUAGAUCUGGGCCUAAAUCAAGAUGUCAAAAUCCGGGUCAAAAUUGUAUUUUCAACAAGAACAGACACACGUUAUUUCAAAGAAAAAAUGGUAAAAGAGAUUGCUUCCAUCCUGGUGCAUCAAUAUUCUCCCCUGAUGAAAUUGGUGGAAUACAACAAAAAGAUGUCAGUGGCUGGGACAUAAUUAAAUCCAUGAUGGCAAAUAUAUGGCCUAAAAAUAAAACUGGUAUCCGGCUACGAGUUAUGGCAGCUUUGGGUCUAUUGGUUGGAUCUAAAGUUUUAAAUGUACAAGUACCAUUUAUAUUUAAAUGUGUAGUAGAUUAUCUGAAUAAACCCAGUGAAUAUCUGCAUAUGGAAACUGUCCCGAUAGCCAUAAUGACAACAGCUACAGCUCUUAUGAUAGGAUAUGGUGUAGCUAGAGCUGGAGCUUCAGGAUUUAAUGAAUUAAGAAAUGCUGUGUUUGCUAAAGUAGCUCAGAGUUCAAUAAGAAGAGUGGCUAACAACGUUUUCCUUCAUCUUCAUUCACUUGAUCUAAACUUUCAUCUUUCACGACAAACAGGAGCUUUAUCCAAAGCUAUUGAUAGAGGCACAAGGGGUAUAAAUUUUGUGUUAAGUGCUUUAGUCUUUAAUGUGGUGCCAACUGUCUUUGAAGUUUCAUUCGUCAGUGCUAUUUUGUAUUAUAAAUGUGGAGGACAAUUUGCUUUAGUAACCUUAGGUUGUAUUGGAGCCUAUACUGCAUUUACACUUCUUAUUACCCAAUGGAGAACUAAAUUUCGGGUUAUGAUGAACAAAGCCGAUACAGAAGCUGGUGCUAAGGCCAUUGACUCCCUUAUUAAUUAUGAAACUGUUAAGUAUUUUAAUAAUGAAAAGUUUGAAGCUGAACGAUAUGAUAAGUUUUUGAAGAAUUAUGAAGUAGCAUCUUUAAAAACGACAACUAGUCUUGCAUUAUUAAAUUGGGGCCAAAAUGCUAUAUUUAGUGUAGGUUUGACUUCUAUCAUGUAUAUGGCUAGCACAGAAAUAAUUGCAGGUAAUAUGACCAUUGGUGAUCUAGUGAUGGUGAACAGUUUACUCUUUCAACUUUCUUUACCCUUAAAUUUCCUUGGAUCAGUUUACCGUGAAGUUAGACAAUCUCUUAUAGACAUGCAAACUAUGUUUGGUCUGUUAAAUUUAUCAUCUAAAGUACAGAAUAAGUGGAAUGCACCCCUGCUUAAAGUAACAUCAGCUGAAUCUGAUAUCAAGUUUAAUGACGUACAUUUUGGAUAUGUCAAAGGUCAGAAGAUAUUAGAUGGUUUAACAUUUACUGUUCCCUCCGGGAAAAAAGUAGCUAUUGUUGGUGGCAGUGGUUCAGGAAAAUCUACCAUAGUGAGAUUAUUAUAUAGAUUUUAUGAUCCUGAUCAGGGAAGUAUAUCGUUGAAUAAUCAAGAUAUAUUGAACGUUGAUAUCAACAGUUUGAGAAAAUCUAUUGGUGUUGUACCUCAGGAUUGUGUUUUAUUUCAUGAUACAGUCUAUCAUAAUAUUCAAUACGGUAAUCUACAUAAAUCACCAGAAGAAGUGUAUCAGGCAGCUAGAAUGGCUGAGAUUCAUGAUACCAUUAAUAACAGAUUUCCAAAUAAAUAUAAUACUCAAGUUGGAGAAAGAGGUCUUAAAUUGUCAGGUGGAGAGAAACAAAGAGUAGCUAUCGCUAGAACUAUAUUAAAAGAUCCCAGUGUUAUUAUAUAUGAUGAAGCGACAUCCUCGUUAGAUACUAUAACUGAACAGAAUAUCCUCCUCGCUUUACAAAGAGUGACCCAAGGUCGCACAACUGUGGUAAUAGCCCAUAGACUUUCUACUGUGGUAGAUGCUGAUGAAAUAUUAGUAUUACAACAUGGUCGUGUAGCUGAACGUGGAACACAUUAUAGUCUACUAUCCAAUCCUAAUAGUAUAUAUACAGACUUGUGGCAGAAACAAAAUAUAGUUUUAGAAGAGAAUAAUAAUGAAUUAAUUGGUAAUGAAGAUAAUACAAAGUCAGUGUAUUAAUAUGUAAUUAAUAUUAGAUUCAUAAAAUCAGAAUAAAAUAAAGUGCACUUAAGAUGGACGAGGAAAAUUCUGGUACAUGUAGCCGUAAAGUGGAUAUAGUAACCAUUGGCUAUACGUACAUGAAAUUUCGAUUUUUCACCUUAUGUUGUCUUUAAGGAAAUUGUUCCUCUGAAAUCAAACAAAGUAUAGAUUUGACUACAUGUGAUCCUGAUUUGUUACUUAUAAGGAUGUAUAAUUAAACUCUGUUAAAUUCAAAUUAAUUGUUGGAGAAGUAACUUUACACUUCAGUCUUAUUCCUAAAGAGUCUUAUUCAAGUAAGGAAUAUGUCUGAUACAUGGACAUUAAUAAAGGAAUAAAAGAUAAUAAAUUUA